AUGAAGAAUAGGAGCCGACGAAAAGUAAAGAGAGAUCAUCUCGAGCCAUUGUUCAAAACUAUCAAAAAAUUUUCCCAAGAUGACCGCCCGCAAAUAUUUGUUUAA